ACAUAGUCUGUGGUUCACAUGCAAUUAUUGCCUACGCCAUUUGAUGUGCGCAGCUUUUAGUGCUGAUAAAUCGGUGCGUUUGGAAGGACCUUAGUAAUAACAUUCCGGGGUAGUACGGAUUUACCCUAAUGCGGACUGCGUCAAUUCAAGCACGCCAGACUUCGCGCAGCCGAGUAGAGACGGUAACACAGACAUUUUUUUUCAGUGAUUCAUGAACACGCAAGCACUUGUGUCUACGAACUCUUUCUGUUUAGACAAGUUGGCGCAAAUAUUUGAAUGUGGAAAUUGCUGUUCUGUGCUACACACAAACUGUUCGACUGCUGUGCCACAACAAUACCCUCAAUUCCAACUACUACGCACAUCGCCUGUGACGUAAAAUCGUCUGAUUCGUAGCGCCCACGCCAUUGGCUGACGAAAGGUGUUUUGAUUAAUUCGUAAACAUGGCGGACCCGGGAGGAUGGAAUGUUUCGCAGCAGCAGGAGUUGCCAGAGUAUGACAACGAAAACAGCUUCGCGAUGAUGAGUGACACGUUUAAUAUCAGCGACAUUAACAACCUAGAUGAUCUGAUAUCAAACUGCGAGAAUGAGUUGUUCUCCAAGAACAGUAACAUAUUUGCCGAUGACGCCCUGCUGUCGCAACUGACCGAAGAAGAUGAAUCAUUUGACUUUAUGAAUGUAUCGAGCUCCGUGCCAUUUCCAAAUACCGUCGUUCAGCAACAGGCAGUGGAUCAUCAGAAAACAGCUCCACAACUUCAGAACUCUGGACUGGCAUUUCAGCAACAAAUUUCGCAGACAACUAGGAGCCAAACUGCAAUACCAACAUGCGUCUCUCAGACGUCUCUUCAGCAGACACCAAAGUUGUUGCAUCCAGCUACCCAGCAAGCAACUCCUUCUGGACCUCGCAUUCAAUAUGUUCAGCCACGUAAGCAACAGCCUAUAGUGAAGCAAGUGGCACCAGCUCCCACUACACAAAAAACUACUGUUCCUGUGCUGCAGAAGGUUCCAGGACAGUUAAAUCAACUUCUCACUCUUCAAGGAAUGGGACAAGUUUCGUCUGAUAAAGUGCAGCAGGUACUUCUCCAAACACAACUCUUAAAAUCAGAACCACAGAUGACAUCAACAGCAGUCAUGUACACUACGUCACAUGUAACGGGCUCAACAACCAGUCCCUCUCCUGCUGGAACUUCAAUACACACACUAGUAAAUACUGCCAAUGGUACAAUUCUUGCUACAGGAAUUCCAGUUGUGCUGGACGCUGACAAACUUGCUCUCAAUGGAAUAGCAGCUGUGACUCCAACUACUCGAGAACCGAAGGUGAAGGAAGUAAAGAGAAGUGCUCAUAAUGCUAUUGAAAGACGCUAUCGAACAAGCAUAAAUGAUAAAAUUAUUGAAUUGAAAAAUAUUGUAGUCGGAGUUGAUGCAAAGUUAAAUAAAUCAGCAAUUUUACGUAAGGCCAUUGAUUAUAUCAGAUACCUCCAGAAUGCAAAUGCAAAGUUAAAGCAAGAAAAUAUGUCUCUAAAAAUGAGUGCUCAGAAGCAGUCCUUACAAGAGCUGCUGAAGCCAGAAAGUGUGAAGUCUGAAAUGUUUAUUGAUGGGGAGAUUACACCACCACAGUCAGACAUUUCUUCUCCAUCGCUUUCACCACCUCAUUCGGACAGUUCUGUACCACCAUCACCUGAGAAUUCAUUUGAAAUGGAGAUGAAGAAAGAAGACAGUGACUGUAUGCACAGGGUCAGCAGUGGAAUGCUUGACCACUCCAGAAUGACACUUUGCAUGUUCAUGUUUGUUGUUAUGGCAUUUAACCCAUUUGGUAUAGUUCUCAACAAAUACAUGAACACAGAUACUGAUUAUACCCAACCAAGUACAAUAGGAAGAACAAUUCUAAGUGAUGGAGGUUCUGAUGGAGGCAUAUGGAGUUUGACAAGCACAUCACUGUUUUUGUGGUUUUUCAAUUUUAUAAUUUUGGUUGGCUGUCUCAUUAAAAUAUUUGUAUAUGGCGAUCCAGUAAUGCCUUCAAAAUCAGCUGCAUCAACUGUAUUCUGGAGACACCGAAAGCAAGCAGACUUUGACAUAACAAAGGGUGAGUUACCUGCAGCUACACAGGAACUUCGCCGUUGCCUUGUUGCGUUUGGUCAACCACUUCCUGCCUCAAAGCUCGAGUUAUUGUCAUCAACAGCAUGGCAGAUUUUAAGACAACUGCUGCACCGACUCUGGGUUGGCCGCUGGUUAGCAAAACAUGCUGGUGGCUUUUUUGCUGAUAGCUCAACACGACGGGAGGCCAUUAAUUCUGCUCGUGACCUGUCACAAGUGUAUCAUCGACUGAACCAGUUACAUCUUGUGGGAGGAUCUGCAGAUGGUCAUUGGACAGGCAUUAUGUUGGCACUGAGUGCUGUCAAUAUGUCUGAAGCAGCUGCCCAUCUGUUAACUGUGGAGCAAAUGGCAGAUGUAUAUGUUGCAGCUGCACUUCGUAUAAAAGAAUCAUGCCCCUCUUUCAUGCAGAUACUGAACAGGUAUUAUCUUGGUUUGGCACGCAAUGUAUGCCGUAGCCAAGUUCCUGCAAGACUUCAGUGGUUGUUUACAUCAUAUGGACAUCGCUUUGUUGUAUCUGGUCGAUGGAUCUAUGGACCUGCUGCUGCAGCACCAUCACCUUUUAGCCAACUGGGCUCACGUGCUGAUCCAGUAGCAUGUGUGGCACGUGCUUACCGUGAUCACCUUCUUCUGUGUGCAUUACAAACUUUGGCUGCACCAGGUGCAGGAAACACUCCAUUAAUUGGAACUACAUCUCAGAUGUCAGAGAUCUCAGAACCAUAUCGCCGUACCCAGACAGCAGAUGUUCUCACUUACGUCCAGCUACUUAUGGAAAAUGCUGUUGCUGCUACCGCUUCCAAACAUCAGCAUGCAUCUGCAUUUCAUGUCACAAGUAGGGAAGAUGAAGUUGCUCACUGGUGGUCAGGUGUUAUUGGUGUAGUUGCUUAUUGGAUGUUGGGUGAGGAAACUCAGGCAGAAAGGCUCUACGCCCGCGUUGAGGCAAUGCCCGAGAUUCUGGAAAGCCUAGCUGACCCUUUGCCACGAGCUAUGUUAGCCGCUUUCCGUGCUCGACGUGCUGCAUUAGUACACUGCAGUAGCAGGAGUCCGGGAAGACGGGCACGCUCUUCAGCCCAACAUGCAUUGGCCCUGUGCAACACUGCAGGCAGUCUUCUUGAUGAGAGUUUGACUUAUGCAAGCUGCAGACCAUCUGACAACACAGUUCUGCUUGCUCAGUUACUCAUAUGUGACUGUCUUCUUGAGACAAGAACAUCUUUGUGGGAAGAUGAAAUGGGCGAUGUGGAUGUGAACUCAACAAACAUCACAGUUCCAGUCUCCAAUGCAGUUCUUACAGGAUUUCAGAGGGAUCUGUCAUCUUUGAGACGUCUUGCACAACUUGUACCUUCUGCAUUCGCACGAGUUUUCCUGUAUGAAGCGACAGCACGAAUGAUGGCUGGUGCUGCACCAGGACGCACACAACAACUUCUGGACAGAAGUCUUCGACAACGACAUAGUCGUGGAUCAAUUAUCUGUGGAAAAGAUAAAAGCCAACAAGAAGUUAGUGGAGAGCGAGAGCAUGCAAUGGCCUUAUAUCUGGCUUGCCGCCAUCUGCCAGCACAGCUUCUCUCAUCACCAGGCGAACGUGCUGGCAUGCUUGCAGAAGCAGCAAAGACUCUAGAGAGAAUUGGUGACCGAAAGAGGCUUGGGGAAUGCUACAAUCUUAUGAAAUCUCUUGGUAGCAGUUCUGUCACAAAUUAAGUGAUCUUAGUAUUUUAUGAGAGACAAUUGACAUUCCAAAUAUUUUUAGUUUCUCUCAAAGUCUGAACAAGCAUUGAAACAAUUGCAAUUGACAUUUCUGUCUUUUGUUUCUUAAACUGAGUAAACUCCAUCAGUCUCUUUCUGCAGUAUGAUUAAUUUGUUUGCACUGAAAAUCCAAAGAUAACCCAGGCCAUUGAAAAAUGUCUUUAGUUAAUUUUUGCUACAUAAUGGCUUAAUACCAAGGAUUUUUGUAUACUGAAUCCAAAUCUGACUUCAGUUUUUUUCCCAUCACAUAAGUUUUACUGCAACAUGAUUUCUUUAUAAACUAGAAAAUUAGCAAAGCAUUUGUAAUUGUAAUGAAAAGUAAUUUAAUUUUCCAGCAUGAGUGAAGGUUUUAUACUAUGGACAUAUGUGAAAAAAAGUCGUUAUUGCAUAGCACUUACGUGUCCACUGACUUAACGUAAGUUUUCUGUAUACGCCAUUGAUUUACAUUAAUUUUCUCUAUCCUCCUCAAAGCAUCUACCAUUGCUUUCACUGUGGCGAAUUGCCUUUUGUACGUCUCAAAGUGAUGCACAGUCUUUCUUAUUGUAUGAAUGUUCCAGUAAUUGUGAUACCUUUUGUCAUCACUUUCAUCAAAUCAUUAAAGUGCUCACCUUGUUCCUCACCGACAUACACAAAUUUGCAGGGAGAAAAUUGUGGCAUGUGCUCAAAAAUGAAAAUUGAGCCCCAUUAAGCAGCCUAACUUCAUGGACUUUUUCAGCAUAUAAAUUACAACAGAAAUGUGAUAUGGGUCUUUUUUAUUACCUGAGAACUUGUUAACAAACAGUUCCUCCUUCCCUCUUACUCACAGUCAUUUAUGAUUUGAAGAUGGAAUGAAACAUCAUUUUAGAUCCAACUGCUUUUAAUUUUGCCCCUGAUAAAUGGGGAAUAUGCUCGCUGAAAUUCUUGAAAUGUUCUCCAUCUUAGGACAAACUAUUCAUGAAAGAUGAAUCUUAUGUGCAAAUAUUCAAACUCUGGGGCCAAAAGGUUAUCAUUAAGACUAAGCAUCCACAGUUAAUGUUCUUUUCUAAAGGUCACACCUAAAAUGCUGCAGUUUAUUAGAGUGCAACAUAUUUUGUACAGAUUCAGUAGGUUCUUUUCCUUCUCUACCUAACAACAGGUAUACCAAGUCCUCUGGCACAGCAGGUCUGUGGGACUGCCUCCAUUCUGCACCAUUGACAGCUGUCAGUUAGAUCUAAAGAGUAUCAGGAGUAUCGGCAGCUGGCUUUGGCUCUGGCGUGGUCAUGAAGAUCACCUUGAAGCUGAUAUCAGUGUUCUUGAUCUAUGGUAGCACUUGCACAAACACUCGCAUUCUGCUUCAGUCUCAGUUCUGUGUACUGCAUAUUUUGGAGCGGUAUUAUUGUAUGCAAGUGCCAUUUUGGACCAACAGCAGUUUCUAGAUUCUUCUCAAACUCAAUGAUCAAAUUUAUUGAGACUGUUGUGUCUGGGCCUGGGGGGAUGGAAGUUCUGUAGAAUUUGUUUUGCAGAUGACAGUGCUCAACAACCUGCGGAAUAGUAUUCGUGGGCCUGACAUGGAGUACGUAAAGUGUGACAAAAUCCUCUAUUUGAAAACAAAAGUGUUAAUAGUUUACUUGAAGAAACAUUCGGUGUACAUAUAGGAAUUGGAUUAAGUUUUCAAGAGAGUUACUUGAAUUGAAUUGUUGUGUUGAAAAAUGUAAGGGUAUUUUCUUAAUCAUGUGAUCAAUUCAUCUGUCUUUAAUGUGAGUUCGGAGUUUAUAAAAAAAACUAGAUUUACAGUUACGUGUAAAAAAUAUUUUCAACAAUUAUGCAAGUACGAAGGAGUUAAUUUUUGUUAUUCCACUUACACAUAAGUACAGAUAGGAGUAGUAUCAGCUUAUCAUAUAUUUGAUAGGAUUUGUACCCAAAUGGUUGUGAACUUAUCAUUCUGCAUUAAUUGUAGUGGUUUUUUAACUCACACAAAGAUAUUCAUUAUAGGAACCACAUGUCUUUAUUAAAGUAACAGCUCUGUUAUACUAAAUUGGUACAGUAAAUCAAAAUUGUUCGAUUGUAGUUAAGAGAAGAACUUGGAAACAAUAAAUGGCAGCCACUUGUGAUGAUGGUCUUUUCUGUAGUAUGCCAUGUACCAUAAAUUUAACAUAGCAUUCAACAAUCAGUCUUAAAGAUGUAUUGCUCACUGUCAGUAUUCACAAGUCAGAAUAUCUGUCACAGAAAUGUUCAAGUUUGUCGUUAAGCUGAUGAGGAUAGCUUACUCCUUCCAAAUCAGUAUAUGAUUCAAUACCCAGUGCAGCAGAAAGAAAUCAAUUUAUUACACUAACAUUGUUAGUGUGCGAGCUCUGAUAAGUAAAUGUCUGUUUCAUUUUACUGUUACAAUAGCUUUAUAAGUAAAACCAUUUCUAUUAGCACAUUGGAUUUAAUCCAUAUGGAAACAGAUGAAGAGCAUCGGCCACCCGAUAAGAAAUGCUCAGCUUUUCCUGUCAUGGUUAUAUUAUUAUUUUUAGAACUUUUAAAUUGCUUUACAGUUUGUCUUUAUUUCAUUUAAAAUCUCAUCGAAAUAGAAAAUGUUGUGGAUUACAAACAAAGAAAAAAAAUGUUGCAGAGUUUUUAAAUCAUAUUUAUUAAACUUGAUGACGCACUGUAAUUCUGGUGAAUUUGUAAUAUUUUGUAAAUAUGUAGGGAAAGAGGAAACUCAGAUUAUUUGUAUAUAAUUUUCCAUAUUUGUACUAUGAGUAACUCAUGUGUGACAUCACUCUAUAAGUUUUAUUGUAGAGAAUAAACUAGCCACUUAAACUACCACAAAUUACUGUAUACAAACCCUCACUCUGUUUUGUUAUUGUCUCAUUCAUUGGAUGUUAAAGUAAGAUGUGUUAGAAUCUGAGUAUUUUCUUUAUCAUAUGGUUACAAAUACUCGCUGAUUCCAAAACAAUUUUAAACUGUUUACAUAUCUAUUAUUUCUUGUAAUUCUUUUGUGCUACUGAGUUUUCCAAUUAGAGAGAGAGAGAGAGAGAGAGAGAGAGAGAGAGAGAGAGAGUUAGUUUUACACAAUUGUACAGUACAACUUUUUUAACUUAAAUAAAUUUUGUAAGAACAAGA